AUGGGAGUUUUGUAUCAUAUUGCUCUUCUGAGCAUGGCUGUUUAUUUUUCAUCAAUCAUGCACACCUCAUCAAGCAUCUUGCCAGUGGACUUAACACUUGGCUUCACUGAUUUACCACUGAACACUUCCAAUUUUCAUCAUGACAAGCCUUACAACUUACCAAUAAACCAACGUUAUAGUUUUAUAGAUGGGGUACACAAGUUUUGGGGAUACGAUUAUUCAUCUGGGGUAUGGCAAUUUGAAGGGCAAGGGUUUGUGCCUAAUGGUACUUCUGGUGAAUGCAGUCCUGGUUCCAAACAUAUGGGACAGAUGGUUCCAGUUAAAUGUGAUCCAUGA